AUGGAGGCAGCGGGUUCCCAGCCACGGAGCGCACCCCUCCGAAGACCCCCUGGCUGCGGGCCCCCUGCUGCCCCUCCGCGGAUUCCCGACCCCUGCUCCGGGGCAGGCGCCCUUACCUGGCACUGCCGAGGGGCCCAGGCCGGCGGGAAGCACCCCCGCCCGCCCCCGUCGCCCGGUCCCGGGGGCGCAGCCCCGAGCCGAUUGGAGCGGGCGCCGCGGCUCCGCUGCAGGUCUGAGCGGCCCCGGCGAGAACAAGGGAGCGAGACGGAGGGGGCGGGGGAAGGAGGCUCCGCCUGCGGAGAAACGAGGCGGCUCCGCGCCGCGCGGGAGAGAAGAGCCCAGCCUCCGACCCUCCCCGGCCAGCCGGGCCCGCGCGGCGGGGGCGGAGGCGGCGCCGCGCGUCCGCCCCCUCGGCGCUCCUGGGCUGCGGGGCGCAUACAGAUGUGGGGCCCCUCCCGGACUGGGCCCGCAGCGCCCGGCAGAGCACUCGGGCGGGAGGACGUCCAGGCCACGGCGCCCGGCCAUUUCCGAAGAGCUGGCGGGGCGGGUGCACCCGGGAACGCGAAGCUGCCAGCCUGCCGCCCGCAGCGGACAACGGGUGAGCGCACUGUGAGGUGGGGAAUUCCGAGCCCACUGCGGAGAGACCCGGCUCCGGGCUCCGGGCUCCCGGUUCCUGUCUGGCUUUUGGGACUGAUGGGGAUUCCAUCUGCAAGGCGGUGGCGUUUUGAGAGCCCGUGGAGAGCACGGUAGCAGGUUUCUUACCUCAUCUUGCUCGGCAUAGUCAGCACAAAGGAAUUUGGGAUUGGACUGGGGCCAUUUGACCCCAUGCAGAGCUGUGCGGGUGGCAACAGCUUCCUCUACUGUUGAGUACUGGUGGAGGAAGGGAGAAGAUGGAGGGUCACAGUGUGUCUGCAACCCUUCCCACUUGCUGCAACACCCUUAAACCUGCCCACACUGGUCACAAAAGGAAAUAUAUGCCAUGACCUAUAGAAUCAGCUUCUUCCCCUCACCGUUACAAAGCAAUGAGAUUUGAUCUUGUCAAUCCAGAAGGCCUCUUCCACCAAGGUUCCUGUGCGCCCCAACAACUCCUUUAGCUGGCCUAAAGUGAAAGGACGGACCUGCCAAUGAAAAUAAGACUUUCAGGGUCUUGAAGAAGGCAAGACCACCACCCAUACAGCCAAUCUUUAGAUUUCCCAAGCUGCUGUCACAGGACUAUAGUUUCAAGGUUUGGGUGAGGGCAGAGAGUUUAGGAACCUUGCAGUAAGAAUGUGAGAAGAGUGGUGGUGCUUCCCAGCACUGAGACAUUGUAUAUGAGGCCCUCUGCAAGUCCUCAAAACAACCCUGCAGGGCGACAGCUUUUCCCCUUCAUUUUUAGAUGGGUAAAUAGGUUAAGUAACUCACUCAAGAUCAGUGAGUAACUUAAUCUAUUGGUAGACCAGUUCAACUAUGAGUGGAACCUAAGAAGUGUAAGCCUAAAGCUCAAACUUAACCACUAAGUCAGCUGGGAUGUGAGAAACAAUGACUUACCAAAUUGGAGAUAUGGACAAUGUUGCUAAUCUUGCCCCGGGGUGGGGAGGGCACCUGGGCAGUUCGGACUGGGUCAUCAAUUGUAAUGGAAACUCCGGACUUUUGCUGGCUAAUGGAACGUCGAGUUAAGGUAUCUCCUAAAGUCACUAUGAAGAAGACCACAAGAACAGCUUUUGGUAGGAAUCAAUACUGGCUUGUUUCACUUUCAACAUAACUAUCACGGUUCCCCUUCUUUUAUACCAAGCAGCCACUCCUUCAUCUAAACGUGUAGAGCACCUAUUAUCUGCAAAGUACUGUGCUAGGCUAACCUCAUCAUGGAGAUUCAAAGAUUAAACAGAGUCAAAUCUGGCC